AUGGCCAAGAACGGGACUUCGGAACCUGUAGAUGUAACCGUGGAAACGCUCAACCCAAACACAACAGUAUCCCACCUGUUAACAAACGGCGAUGCUAUGACUUCAUCAAUGGUACUUUCUACAGCAAUACCCGACGUGACAAGGGCAGCAAGUAGCCAAGCAUCUCAUUCGGCUAAAUCUUCAGGUCAUCGGCAAUCAGCUGAAUCUGUGUCCGUAGAAUCCUCGGAAGGAGUCAGUAGCUCUACAAACGGGCCUGGUAGUAAACGCGACUCAACUGAGAGCUUCGUGACUGAUAAAGCGACGGUGGUUCUGUGGAGCUGGGGUUCGAUCACGUGGUCCUGGUGGUCAUCAAUGACACUGGUAUCCUCCAUUCUUGGAAUCAUGGGUAAUCUUCUGGUAAUCAUAGUCAUCUGGCAACGAAGGAUGAUGAGUCGUUCCACUGACACCCUCAUUGGGUCCCUUGCUGUAGCUGAUUUCUGCACAUCUGUCUUCAUUCUCCCGUUGCCUACAGCAAUCACUGUUCCCUCCUCUAUCCUGGGAGAGUUUUAUUGCCGUUUUAUCUUCACAUCUUACUUCUUCUGGUUGUCUGUUGGGUCGUCAAUCUACACCUUGACAUUGAUUUCCUUGGAACGACUCAUAGCUGUGAAGUAUCCUAUCGAGUUCAGUCGUUUCUCAAGUAGACGUUACACGUCUCUAGCUGUUCUGUCAGUCUGGUCAAUGGUCAUGAUCAUUGAUCUCUUUCUGAUUCUUACAGCUUCUGUGGAUGGUUCUGGACACACUUGCAUCGUGAGGUUCAGAUCGGUUGCCGGACAGUACUCCGUUGGCAUAUUGAUCUUCAUGGUAUAUUUUCUGGUCCCUACAACCGUCAUGCUUCUAGCGCAAGCUGUCACUGCGUACAUUCUUCACAAGAAGUCCAAGCGGUUCCAUCGCGCCAAAGACCAAAACAGAUCCAAUCCGUCAUACAAUCUCUUGGUCGCCAAGAAUCGUGUCAUCAAGAUGCUCUUCAUGGUCGUCAUGAUAUUCAUCAUAUGCUGGGGUCCUAAUAACAUCGCUUAUUUUCUAUACAAUGUCGGUGUUAUAAGUCCGAGCUACCUUUAUGGUGAAACAAAUCAGAUUCUUACGUUGUUGGCGUUCUACAACUCGUGUCUGAAUCCCAUCGUCUACACCGUCCGACAUCAGAAAUUCCGUGCUGCUAUCCGCGGAUUGUUCACGGGCUCCAAAACGGAGAAGGAUGCUCUGUUCGAAUACAAAACAGAUGCAAAACCUACUUCUCAAUUCAAGGAAGAAAAAGAACCAAAGGUAUAA